GAAGAAAACUGAUAACUUUGUUACAGUGUCAUCUUCUUCACUUCACAGCAUUUCCCACGAUAUCGCGACCUGCAAGUGCACCGCUCCGCAUGAUCUGAAUCUCAGAUUCGCACCGUUGGUUCUUUUUCCCGAUCAGUCGCGAACGGUAAUGUCGCUCGACAUCCCUCGCGACGCCAUCAAGCGGCUCCAGAUCGCACUCCGAGAGGAAGCGAAAAUCCCCUCCUACGACCCCGACGACCCUUCGAUUCCGCCUCUGCGCUCGUACGAAGAAUCGAUCUCCGAGUUCGAUCCGUGCCCGCCGUAUCUGCGUUGCAAGCAUUGCAGAGGAAGGCUUCUCAGAGGCGUCAGCUCCGCGUUCUGCGUCUUCUGUGGGAAAGAACAGUUCGGCGAUGUGCCCCCCGAUCCUGUCAAUUUCAGGUCCACGCGUGGUUACCGGUGGUUGCUUGAUUCGCUGCAACUGGAUGGAUCGGAGACUGUUGAACCAUUUUCUGAAGGACUUGAGUCGAAUAGAGGGCGGAGUACGCUGAAAGAUUCAUUUCCCCUGUCCGAUCUGCUAAAUCUAGAGAUCAGAUGGUCUUCUAAGCCAGAGAAACCUGGAACUAUUAUGACCAAUGACUCAAGCCUUGCAAAAGCUUCUCUGAAUUUGGCUGGGCUUGACCUUGACAACUUUUUUGGGGAAGCGAAGAGAAAAAACACUGCAAAUGAAUCUGAAGAGCAGCUUGGAGCAAGCAAGCAGAGUGAAAAUGCAGAAAGCAUUGAUUUCCAUAGUCCCGAGUAUCUAAGUUUGUUUGAGAGCGUGCAGUCUUCCACUGAACCUGUCCGGUCUGCUGAACAUGGGAACUACAACACAAUGUCUUCAUGGGAGCCAGAGUUUCAGUCUGCUGAUUCUGAAGUUUUUGCUAAGGAUUCCAGAUCAUUGGACCCUUUUCCAAGUUCUACAGUUGAUCUUUCUACCCAUAUGGAUACUGUAUUUGGAUCUGGAAUUGAAUCGAGAAGCACUGAUGCUAAAGAUGUUGCACCUUCUUCCUCCAAAAUGGAUGAUUGGUUUGAAGAUGAUCCAAGGAGUUAUUCGUUGUUCGGGUCAACUGGCCCUAAUGAGGGAUUUAAAACAAAUGAUACAAGUAAGGUCACUGACACUGCAAAGAGUUCUUCAACAACCUUUGACUGGGUUCAGGAUAAUCAAUGGCCAAGCGGCGGCAACAUUGCACGUCAUGUCGAAAGAGUUGAUGAGAAUGAGGAUUCUCAUGAUCCUUGGAAUGAUUUUACAAGCUCCGCUAAUCCAGCAGAUAGUAAUACUUGGGAACCAAAUAAUGACUUUGUGAUGCAUUCUGAACAAUCUUCAGAUAUGAACAUGUUCAAGUCAGGGAACAACUCGGAGGACAUGGAUUUUGGCAAUCUUUUGCAACCUGACCCUUUCUUCGGAUCACUUGGCAUUGCAAAUGUUUCAGUCGAUGAGAACUUGAAAUCUGGAGCUUCUGGCUUAGAUAGUGAAGCAAAGAGAGAAAUCACUCCAGCUGAAUCUGAAGGGCAGUCGGGAGCAAACAAGCAGAGUCGAAAUGCAGAUGGCAAUGCCUUUCAAGUUCUAGAUGAUAUGAGUUUCCUUGAGAAUGUGCAGCCUUCUGCUAGAACUGUCCAGUCCUCUGAAUGUGAGAAUGACAACUCAAUGACUGCCUGGGACGCAGAGUUUCAAUCUGCAGGUUCUGAUAAUAAAUUGAGAUUAUCAGACCCUUUUGCAGGUUCGGUAGUUGAUUUUUCUGGCGAUGUGGAUGCUGUGUUUGGACCGGGAAAACGAUAUGCAGGUACAGAUGCUAAGGAUGGUCCACCUUCUUCCUCCAAAAUAGAUGACUUUUUUCAGGAUAGCAUGAGCAAUUCUGGUUUUGGGUCAGAUAGCCGCUCUCAGGGCUCUAAAACAAGUGAUAAAAUUGAAGACACUAAGUUCAUGGGUUCCCAAAAGAUUUCUUCAAUGAAUGUUGAUUGGGUUCAGGAUAAUCAGUGGCUCACGGGUGGCAGCAUUUCACAUCACAGUGAAUCUGCUGAGGAGAAUGUUGGUUCUCUUGAUGUCUGGGAUGAUUUUGCAAACUCAACUAGUCCGGCACAUAACAAUCUGUGGAAAGCAAAUAAUGACCUUGCAGUGCCUCUUCAGCAAGCUUCUGAAAUAAAGUUGUUCAGCUCAGAGAGUGAUUCACAACAGAUGGAUUCCCGCAAUGCCUUGAAACCUGAUGUCUUUUCGGGAUUGUUCAGCAAUUCUAAUGAUUCAAUCAACGAGAACAUGCAUUCAAAUUUUUCUGCUUUAGAGAAGAAUCGGAUGCAUGAUCUGGAUUCUACUUAUAGAAGCGAAGAGGGUGGUGCCAAAGGUGAAGAUAUGAAAGUAAACGCGAGAAAGAGUGAUGAUGCCAAGAUGAUAAUGUCUCAGAUGCAUGAUCUCUCAUUUAUGCUUGAUAGCAAACUAUCAAUUCCCCCAAGGUUAGAAAGGUCCAAUUCUUCUCAAGAUCGAGAUUAGUCUCUGAAAUCUUUUUCAUUUUUUUUUGUAUUGUAGUUCAUAGCUUAGGCAUGUCCAUCUCGUCCCCCCUCCCAUUUUUGUUAGAACUUAGGCCUGUGAAAAUUGGUUUUCUUUCAAGUCGAUUGUGAUUGUGAAGUCCACAAAAUUGCUUGAGAUUAAAUGAAUAGUUCUUUACAAUUUU